AUGAGGAACAGGAAGGUGGUCGAUUACUCACAGUUUCAGGAAUCGGAUGAUGCUGAUGAAGAUUACGGAAGAGAUUCAGGUCCCCCAUCCAAGAAAAUCCGUUCAUCUCCCCGGGAGGCUAAAAAUAAGAGGCGGUCUGGGAAGAAUUCUCAGGAGGACAGUGAGGAUUCAGAAGAAAAAGAUGUGAAGACGAAGAAAGAUGAUUCACACUCGCCAGAUGAAGAUUUUGGCAGUGAAGAUGACGACUUGGGAGCAGAUGAUGGCAAAGCUGACAGUGACUAUGAGAGCUCUCAAAAAAGCAAAAAAGGAAAAAAGGCUAAACCAGAAAAGAAUAAGAGACCCUCCAAGUCCAGAAAAAGGCCAGCAGAGGACAGUGAGGAUGAGAAAGAAGACCACAAAAAUGUGCGUCAGCAGCGACAGGCAGCAUCCAAAGCAGCUUCCAAACAACGAGAGAUGCUUAUGGAUGAUGUGGGCAGUGAGGAGGAAGAACAGGAGGAUGAUGAGGCACAGUUCCAGGAGAAAGAUUCAGGAAGUGAUGAAGACUUCCUCAUGGAAGAUGACGAUGAUAGUGACUAUGGCAGUUCAAAAAAGAAAAAUAAAAAGGUGUCCAAGAAGUCCAAACCAGAGAGGAAAGAAAAGAAAAUGCCUAAGCCUAGGCUAAAGGCUACAGUGACCCCCAGUCCAGUGAAAGGCAAAGGGAAGGCAGGCCGCCCUACAGCUUCCAAGGCAACAAAAGAAAAGACCCCAUCCCCCAAAGAAGAGGAUGAAGAGCCUGAAAGUCCCCCAGAAAAGAAAAAAUCAGCCAGCCCUCCACCAGAGAAGUCAGGGGAUGAGGGGUCUGAAGAUGAAGCACCCUCUGGUGAAGAUUAAAUGGCAGUUGAGGAAAUCUUUGUUUAAAAAAAAAAAAGAAAGAAAAAAGAAAAAAAAGGAAAAGAAAAUAUACUUAGGGGUAGAACACGGUUUUGGCUGUGGCUUGACUCAUGGGCUUUGAAUGCUGUCUUUACUUUCAGCUGUUUAAUACAGUGUAUCCUUUUUUUUAAUAAGAGGAAACCCUUAUGCAGUAAUAUUUUGAAGUCACUGUUCUCUGUUGGCCAUUCUGUUCUCCCUCCCCCACCAAAUCUGAAAGCCAUUUAAGACAAAUUAACAGACCACUUAAAUAUAUAUUUUUUUCAAGGGAUACUGCAGUUGUGAAGCAAUAAGGUUUGAGACUGAUACGUGGAAACCAUACUUACAAAUCGUUAAGUAGACUAGAUUUCCCAGUGCUGGUAAGAAUUCUAUAAAAACUAUUAUUCCUUUUUUGAAUAUGGGGGAAAAAUGAACCUAUGCUUUAACAUAUUUUUGUGGAUACAAAUUUAUUCUCUCAGAAAAACUGUAGGUAAUAUGAAUUCCAAUUGAGGAGGAGGAAACAUGGGGAGCAAACCUGUGUUUCUGUGAUUCAUUCACCAUUUUCAUAGAAAGCAUUCAGGAAACUUGUAGGUGAUCCACUCUAUUUAGAAAAGACCCUCCAACUAGGAUGGAAGAUCUUUUUGUCUUUGCAGGAUAGAUUACCAUUCCACUUUUAGGCAAACUACAGUUCCUUCUAUACAAUUUCAAAUGUAUAAUCUACCAGCUGCUCAUAUCCAUCACUUCUAUUUUAUUUCUUUGAAGGUUGGCUAUAGGUGGGCAGAGUAGGGAAGAGAAAUUGAAAACAGUUUAAAAUUCUGGUUUCCGUUUGGUAUUAAGGAAAUUUUCUUUAAAAUUGUUCCAAGGAAAAACUUUAAUAGACAAUAUAAAAUGAAAUUCUGUAGCUUUUGGGGUGAGGGAUGUCCUUUUAUCAAUGUGAAGCAAAGGAUUCCUGUAAUGCUCUGGUCAGUCUCGGAUCCCAUGAGUCACGCUUAAGUGUUUCUCUUCUCUCCCUCCAUCUGUCCUCAGAAAGGCUAUGUAGUCAUACCUCUCAGCCUCUCCAGCUGCAGUGUUGGAUAGCAGACUUCCAUCAGUAGUGAACAUUACCCCAAUACCACUUCCAUUUCUUCCUCCUUCCUCCCUAUAGUAUGGGAGGCUCUGCUCAUUCUGCUCCUGCAUCAUCAUAUCCGUGUCCAACUGUUGGUCAUCAUUCUGCUCCCUAAGCCUGCAAAGUGCUGAGUAGGGAACAGCAGUAAAUGGAUGGAGCCGGGAGGAAAUGAGGUUUGGAAGAAGCGUAGCAGGGCUAUAGUUUUAUAACAAAAGCAGGAUGUCCCUCUAAAUGCAAGAUACUUGAGAUUGUGUGUGGUGGCAUUUUAAUGUGUUUUUAUCAAAGCAGCCAUAUCCUUUUUAAACGUAACUAAAGUACCUAGGCUUUGGUUUUCAAACCUUAAUACAGAGGUUGCUGCCAUGUUUGUUGGUGGAAAUAUUAAAAACUGGACCUGCCAUUUUUUUUUUUUUUUUUCUUAAACCCUUUGUGCUUUUUGUACGUUGCUCACAGUUAUCUCAUAGCUGACAUGCUUUGCAUCUUUUUUUUUUCCUUGUCACUGAAAUACACAUGUUUUGUAACCAGCCUCUUGAAGGUAACAUAAGGCAGCUAAUUAGUUGGAUUUCUGGUGCACAUGCUACCAGAUUUUUUUAAUCCUGUUUGGAUUUUAAAGAGCUUUUAGAUGUGAUACACUAAUAUGACCAGGAAGGAGGCUUGGCUGAAUAGCAUAGGGAGCCUGAAGAUACUGAGCGCAGUAUGGAGCCUAAAACAUGGAAUGGAAUAUUAAUAGCAGCCAAGUGAUUAUCUUGUGUGAUUCAUAGCCGUGGAUUUUAUAGAGGCUGGUAAAUUUACUUUACCUUGGCUUAUACAAAUUUUUAAGUUCUCUAACAUUCUUUACUAUAAUGAAACUACUGUUGCCGUUACAAUAAAGAUGAUCGGUGUUUC